GUGGCGAAGGGCUCGCGCUGCUGAGACAAGCGGAGCACAGAGGACCGGCAGGCGCGCGCUCACACUCACGCUCUCCCCCAAACAAAGAAGCUGCACGCGAGGCGGCAGAGCAUCCCACCCUUUCAGCCCACUUGCAGAAGCCUUCCCCCCCCCACGCCGGAACCUCAGCCCUGCUCAUCCGUCCAAGACAAGAACCGGUCCGAACCGAAGGCCCCCCUCCCCCUCCACACACACGCGUCCCCACCCGGCCCCGACCAUGACGACCAACGGCUCCGCUAACGGAACCAGCGACAUGCUGCAGAUCCAGUUCGGCCUCAUCAACUGCGGGAACAAAUACCUCACCGCGGAGACGUUCGGCUUCAAGAUCAACGCGUCGGCCACCAGCAUGAAGAAGAAGCAGAUCUGGACCCUGGAGCAGAGCGGGGACGACUCCAGCGCCAACGUGUUCUUCCUCAAGUCGCAUUUGGGCCGGUACAUCGCCGCGGACAAGGACGGCAACGUCACCGGGGACAGCGAGGCCGCCGCUCCGGAGUGCCGCUUCGUCAUCACCGCGCACGACGACGGCCGCUGGUCCCUGCAGUCCGAGCAGUACGGCCGGUACCUGGGCGGCACCGAGGACCGCAUCAUCUGCUUCGCGCAGACCGUGUCCGUGGCGGAGAAAUGGAGCGUGCACAUCGCCAUGCACCCGCAGGUGAACAUCUUCAGCGUGACGCGCAAGCGCUACGCGCACCUGAGCGACAAGGUGGACGAGAUCGCCAUCGACCGGGACGUGCCGUGGGGGGUGGACUCCAUGAUCACGCUGGUGUUCCGCGAGCAGCGGUACCACCUGCAGACCUCCGACAACCGCUUCCUGCGGAACGACGGGGCGCUGGUGGCCACCACGGACAAGACCACGGGCUACACGCUGGAGUUCCGCUCCGGGAAGGUGGCCUUCAGGGACUGCAGCGGCAAGUACCUGGCGCCCUCCGGGCCCUCCGGCACCAUGAAGUCCGGCAAGAGCGCGCGGGUGGGCAAGGACGAGCUGUUUGUGUUGGAGCAGAGCCACCCGCAGGUCGUGCUCACCGCCGGGAACGAGAGGAACGUCUCCACCAGGCAAGGGAUGGACCUGUCUGCCAAUCAGGACGAGGAAAGCGACCAGGAGGUGUUCCAGGUGGAGAUCUGCCGUGAGAACAGAAAGUGUGCGUUCCGGACCGCCGCUGGGAAGUACUGGACCCUCACCGCCAACGGAGGCCUGCAGUGCACCGCCUCCAGCAAGUCCACUAACUGCUACUUCGACAUCGAGUGGCGUGGGAAGCGGCUGACUCUCCGCGCAGCCAACGGGAAGUACGUGGCGGCCAAGAAAAACGGCCAGCUCGCCGCCACCAUGGACUCUGCAGGAGAGUCCGAGGAGUUCAUCAUGAAGCUGAUCAACCGUCCCAUCAUCGUCCUGCGCGGCGAGCACGGCUUCAUCGGCUGCAGGAAGGUGACCGGCACGCUGGACUCCAACCGCUCCUCCUACGACUACUUCACCCUGGAGUUCAGAGACGGCGCCUACAGCCUGCAGGAUUCCACCGGAAAGUACUGGAUGGUGGGGAACGAGCAGGCGGUCGUCAGCAGCAGCGACGCGCCCGUCGACUUCCUGUUCGAGUUCUGCGACUACAACAAGCUGGCCGUCCGCCACGCCGGCGACGGGAAGUACCUCCGCGGCGACCACGCCGGCGUGCUGAAGGCCAACGCCGACGACCUGGAAACCGCCACGCUCUGGGAGUACUGAGGGGAACCAGACCCCCACCUGACCCGUCCACCACCUAAACACCUGCCUGUCCACUCCCCCUCUCACCCUCAUAUUAAACCCCGCCCCCUUUUUGACUAUAUGUUGACAAACUGCACAGAGAGAUCAGCAAGGAUAGAAGGAAGGAGCCAAUCCUCUCUCCCUCCCUUCCUCCCUUUCCUUCCUUCCUCUGUUCUUUAUCUUUUGUUUUUUUUUUUUUUUUUUUUUUGCCAGCUCUGCCCUCCGGUGCCAACCUGUAUACUUCCCCUGCUUCGAUCCGUCUUUGUCGCGCCACUUCUCGCCCCCUCCGCGUUCCUGCCAGUGGCGUCUGAACCGGACUGAAGGGUCCAGGUUCAGUGGCUGUAAUCUAACUAGAGUGGAUCUGAUGAUGGAGACGAUGUAACUCGACGGGACAAAGCCCCGCCCACCUCCCUGCAGGCCCCUCCCCCCAGGCCCUUCCCCCCUGCCCUCGCUCCUUUCACUUCAUCUCAAGUGUAUGAUGUUUAGAUGUAAGACCGUGUUGCUCUCUAGCUGUAUUGUCGUCGGUCGGUGACGAGGCUGAAGUCUGAGAUCUUAGCAGGUCGUAGGAAGAAACCUAAAUAAUCCUCCGGAAGCUGUAGUCGGGGAAACGGUAUGAAGGGUUAAAAGCCGGCGCAGAUCAACACACGUUUCCGUACGUUUGCUGCACUCUUGCACAGUUGGAUUCAUUUCUUGCUCCAAGUCCAAGGCACAGGCAUUAUCAUGGCUAAAAGUGUACAGCGGAUAGGUGUAGUAAAUGUAGUGAAACCAUCAAUAGAUGCUUAGAAAGCUGCUUAUUUUACUAUUGUUAUUCUUCUUAUUAUUAUUAUUUUUCUCGAUUUUCCUCGACCAAACAAACACCUGAGCCUUUACGCAGACCAAACUUUUGAUGCCGGGUAGACGAACCUCGCGUCAAGCUGUUCAAAACUGGAAACUGGUGCUUCACGUUUGACAUCUCGGCUCCACACCGGAGAACAUUUUCACCCGAAAUCCGUUUCGCUCUUUUUUUUUUUAAAUUAUUUAUUCUCUCUUUUUUCGCGUCUUGGUUUGAAACUGGACGUUUCAUCUCGUAGUUCAGUCCCACAGAAUCUCAAUCUGCUGAUUUAUUUUAAAACUGUAUUUUUUUUAAACCCGCUCAGACGACCAAUCACUGCAAUCCGACGAAUCGAUGCGUGGUCGCAUCCGGCCCAAUGUUUUUCUGAUGUUCUGACUGUUUUCAUAAAAGGUUCUGGGGAAACAAAAAGAAGAAGACGUUCCUCUCUGGGAAACUUUUGGCAAACUGGAUGUUGGGAGGGUAAACGUGUGGUAAUGACUGUGCCUUACUCUUUGAGUUUUGAUUUUUGGCAGUAGGAUAAUUAAUUAAUAAAAACAAAAAGUAAAAAAAAAAAAAAAAAGAAAAGAUGAAAGUCCACACAUUUUGCUUUGUAAAACUGGAACUUCCUUUUGUAUUAUUUUGUACAAUUUUUUCUGGGAUAUUGUGGAGUAAUCUCUCUUGUGCCAUUGGUUCACCUGAAAUCCAGCAACCAAUAAAAACUGGAAUUUGGAACGCAA